GAAAAAGAAGAAGAAGAACCACAGAAGAAGACCCGUCACUAGGAAACAGAAGAAAGCGUUCCCGCUGGACGGAUGCAUAUGGGGAUGCUGUCACUGGAACAUCUUCACCUCAAGCAUGUCCUGCAAACAGUUUGUGCACUGGAGGCAGUUGUCCUCCGCAGUUUUGGUCCAGAUGGAGGACAGGUAUUGUUCAUCCGGGACACAGCAGAGGCAAUGUUGAGCCGCAGUGGGUCACGCAUUCUCACAGCACUACGACUUGAGCAUCCUUUGGCCAGGAUGGUGGUGGAGUGUGUCUGGAAGCACAGCACUGUAACAGGGGAUGGAUCCAAGACCUUUGUCCUACUGCUGGCAUCAUUACUACGGAUGAUUCAUACAACGGUCUGCAAGGAUCCUACUGUGUCUCACACUUGUAACUCCAGAAAGGCAGCAGAGGCUGCUUUGGCCAGGCGCUUGGCCGACGAACUGCUGGCAUUUGUUUUAGAGGAUCUUGAUGAUCUCAUCACUGUUGGAGUGGUCCCCUAUGGAUGCUGUGUUUCGUGGGAGGAUUUCACUGCAAAAACACAAUCACCAGUUCACACCAACAAUCACCAUGUUCAGAAGUUGCUAGCAUCGUUCUUUCAUACGCGCCUUGGUUACACUCACUGUGAUUUCAUAAGCAACCUUGCAUGUGAACUGUUUGCAUCCUGGAAAUUUAAAAAUGACACACCUGCCUUAUCACUUCAGUUUGUAAAUGACAACUUCCCUGCACUGCAUACACCUGUAUCAGGUUUCCCUAUUGACUGUUCUCGUUUGAUCGAGGGGCAAAUCAUUCACAGGGACUUUGCUACGCCCUGCCCUCAGACUGAGAACCAGCCGGUCAAAGCCGUAAUUUUCACUGGGUACCUGGAGUCUGAAUUGCUCAGAGCAGGAGAGGUGCUUGAGGUGGGAUGUGGAGAGCAAGUGAUGGAGGAGAAUUCAAGCAUGAAGCAAAGUAUUGUGCAGUUUAGUGCCUGGGCAGAAAGGUCACUAGAGUGGGUCAUUGCAGACCUGCAAAGUUUGGGUGUCUCUGUACUUCUGUUUGCAGUGAAACAAUCUCCUGCUGUCCUGGCUUUAGCCACACAGGCAGAGAUGUGCGUUGUUGAGUGUAUCAGUGAAGAUGAGCUGUCUCUUUUUGCCCAGCUAAGUGGCAGCAUGCCUGUCUCAGACUUCUGGAUGAUUCAACCGGAGCAUGUUGCCUCUCUGGCCUUUUGCCGCCCAGUACUACUUGGAGCCCAUAGAUAUGUCCAUGUGGCUUUCCAUGAUUUAGAGGAAAAGGUCAUGGUCAAACCCUGUAGUCUGGUCAUUUGUGCCCCAGGGGAAGGGCAAACUGACCAGUAUGCAUGUGCCUUUCGAGAUGCCAUCCGCAUGCUACUUACAGCUUGGGAGCCCCUGGGUAUGACUGCACAUACAGCAUCAAAAAGGACCUGCUCCAAUGCAUCUCCCUUCCAGCAGCGUGUGUUGGAGCCAGGCUGCGUUAUACCUGCUGGUGGGACAUUUGAGUUGCUCUUACACCAUACCCUACGACAACAUAGCCGCAGUCGCUCAGUUUCCGACAACACGAAUAUGAGUUUACCUGCUGUUUCCCAGCUCUUGGCAAAAGCUCUACUGUGCGUGCCACAGAGGAUUUAUUCCUACAGUCCACGACAUUUCCUGAAGACUCAAACCAGAAUCCUGAGUCUUAUUUCAGAUCAUUCCCCCCUUUUCCCCAGGCACUUGUAUAAACAAGAACAUAAAACAAACCCUGUGCAGAAUUGUAGUACAAAGGAAUGUCCUCUACAGGAUAGUAAACUAAGCAUGCAUUAUUGUGGACAGGCUCACAUGUCGUCAAAUUUUUUUCUGUCGGACUUGGGCCUAGAAUCUAUAUCCUGCAAAUACCAGCUGCUUCUGGCCGUUGUGCAAUGUGUCACAAGUCUUCUCCGGGUCGACGCUGUGCUGUGUACGCACACUGCCUCAUACACACACUCACAUAGAUUUGCAAAUAGUUCCUUUGUAGGUUCAGAGGAUGAGGCUGAGGGCUAAAAUUAUAUUCUAUCCCAAGAUGAAUACUAUAAACAUAUUUUCUCUCAGUACAAACUCAAGCAAAUUAUUUGUACUUUAAUGGAUAUUGCUGCAGCAAUUUUUGUAUGGCCACAGUAUUUUUUGCCAGACUGCGAUAUAUUUGUAAUGCAAGUCUUCUGGACCUGUGCAGUGAGAAACUUACAUUUUAUUGCAUACCAUUUAUAGGCCAAUGAAAUUUUAAGGUGGUUCCCUACCAUGCUGUCCUGAAUCAAGGCUAGGUUUGGCAGUAACAGUAAAAAAAGAAAACACAGAAUAACUUUGAUGUAUUGUACGGAAUGUGCAGUUGUUAUCAAAUCAUUUAGAUUUUAUCAACUAUGUCUUAAUGUGAAGUAAAUUGUUUAGCUUUCGCUUUUGACUUCUCAUUGUUUGUUUUUUUAACCACAGUUUCUCUUUCUUAUCUCAACUUUCAUGUCCUCUUCUCUUGGCCAGUACGUUAUAUAAAAGGCAUACACACUGAACAACAAAGGUAAAUUACAUCACAAAUAUGCACACUUCUCUUUUAUAAUCAGUGUUAUCUCCUUGGCCGGUGGGUCAUCAGAAAGGCAACACCCUGCUGUCAACAACUAAAUCAAAGGGUACUUCCUUGUGCUGUAAUCAGAGGAAGACAAAACAUAUUCUCACCUCUUUUUGAGGAAAUAGUGAGUCAUUAGAUGUGUUACACUCACUAGCUUACGUAAAUCAGUACGUUUGCUUUAAUCACCGAUGGGAAGAAUGCUCCCCAGGGUAAUAGGAGUAACUUUAGGAGCUUUGUUUCUGCUUUGGCUCAAGCUCUACAUGAGUCACACUUGACGGUUGCAAAUAUUAAAGAGGGAGAAGCUCGGGGCAUAUUCACAGUUUUUUUCCACUGCUCACAAGGCAACCAAGCCUUGAUAAUGGUUGCAUGCCCCUCCUCCCCUACACAGCUUAACACAAGUCAGUUUGAUAGUCAAGAUUUUGCUGUGGUUAAUGAACUUU